UUGAAUAUGCAGAGGUGAUAUGACAGAAAUUUCAAUCUGACGAGUGGAGAUUUAUUCUCUUUUCCAGAUUUCUCUCUUUAUUACCUUUUCUUCUUCUUUUAUGAUCAACAGUAGGACGGUGAGAAAAGACACAUAACCUCCACUUCCCAUUUAAGAAAGACACUUAACCCUAAAUCUUCUUCUCAUCUACUCUCUCUCUUGAGCUGGUUUAAACUUUGGAGAUCCCUUGGGCGGUUUCUGAAACUUUGAAGAUCUCUAGUACAUACUUUGUGAGUCGUCUGUUUUGGGUUUCCUUCAAGUAUUCUUAUUGUCUUUAAUUUCAAUUUUUUUUUUACCUGUGUUCCGAUUUUCUAUUUAUGUGUUCUUUCAAUAGUGGUUUGGAGGACUAGUAAUCAAUUGUUACCUGUAAAGUCCCAGUAUAAAAUAUAAAUCAUGUUUUGCUCUGGGUUAUAUGUUUUGUUUUCUUUGGAAGUUGAUGCAAAAUUGAUCUAUGACAGGUUAGGCUAGAAUAUUUGUAUGUCUUUUUACUUUCAUAGUUUUGAGAUGUAUUUCUUUGUCAGAUUUGUGAUAUGUUAUUUGAAACCUUGUUUGUUUCUGGCAAUUGUUGGGUGUCUACAAUUGAAGUUUGUGAGAAAAUUUCCUUUUGCUAGAAAAGGUGUAUCCAAAUGGAGGAUAAAAAGCAGACGAGUUUCACGUUUGAGAUAGAUAACUUUUCAGAGAAGGAAGCUGGGAGACGGUCACCUCAAUUCUUGGCAGGCGGCUGCGAAUGGUAUAUUCAAGUUUAUUCCAAUGGAGAGCUUGUUGAUGAUCACUUGUCUAUGUACUUAGGUGUAGCGAAUCCUGAAUCAUUGAGACUUGGAUGGAAAAGACGAGCUAGUUUUUCCUUCCUUCUGCUGAAUCAAUCAGGCAAAGAGCUCUAUAGAACAAAAGAACUGUGCGCAUUGUUCUGCGAUCAGUUAACCACAGCAUGGGGUCGGUCAAAGGCCUUGCCUCUUAAAAAGCUUCAAGAAAAAGGGUUUCUGGAGAAUAAAAAACUGAUCGUUAAAGUGGAAGUAAAAGUAAUCGAAGUCGUUGAUGAAGCAGAAGAAGUAACAAGGAAGAAGAUGCUAGAUGUGCAAGGUUUCAAAGUUCUUCAUUCUCAGGCUGUUCUAGUAAGUAGGCUUUUCGAGAAGCAUCCGGACAUUGCGGUAAAUUUCAAACCAAAGAACCAACAAGUGAAGACAACAUACAUGAUAUUCCUCCUACAUCUCAUCGAGACAUUGAAAAAACGUCCACAUAGCAUCUCUGAGACUGAGAUAUGGAUCGCUGGCAACGAGUUGAUCGUGCUUACAGAAGCAGGCUUCGAGCUAGAUUGGUUGAAGACAAAGCUUCAUAACAUUUCAUUUAAGAGGAUGUUAUCAUAUGAUAAUGUUUCUAGAGUCCAAGAAUUCGAAAAUCAAGUCAAGAAUCUCAAAGCUGAAGUUUCAUUGGAGAGGAAGACGACAACAUAUGAUAAUUGUUCAAGAGUCCAAAAACUCGAAAAACAAGUCAAGAAUCUCACAGCUGAACUGAACAUCGAGAAGGAAAAAUCUGCCACUUAUGCUACUAAAGUGUAUGCCUUAGAAAAGACCGUGUCGGAUAUCAUUGAGUUGAGUUCAACAAGAAGUGGAACUCAGAGCAGGUCUGAUCUUGGGGAUUUCAAAACUAGCACUAUAUAUGUUUCUGGUACUCAUGAGUCUCGUCAAUGA